AAAAGCAAAAAUAAAUAAAAGAAGUUACAAAAUUAAAAAUUAUUACAGCAAUCAGAUUUUUUUAAAAAUGUGUUUCAUCACAAUUUACACAAGGGGAACAUGUAAAACAUAAACACCAAAUUAGUGACCCAACAUAGACAGAAGGUCUAGAAUGCAGGAAGCCAUACCUCAUAGACCUUACUGCUAAGGAAGAAGGAAAAUGAAAGUUAUUAAAGACACAGGAGGCUAAAUCAUUUCGUAAUACACACAAUACUUCUUCACACUCACAUAAAAUCAAGAGCAAAGGUGGCAACAGAGAUAGAUCAAAUCUCAAUUCCCUAUAUAAGAUAGGAGAACGCGGUCGAUAGUAUCUAUUUUGUUUUUUUUCUGCUGUGAAUUUAACAUACUAUCAAAAUGAGUGCAAAGUCACCAGUUGAGCACCCUCUGUCAAAAUCUGAUGCUCAGAUUUUGACGAACAGGGGUUACAUAAUUGAGAAUAUUGUCGGAGAGGGAUCAUAUGCCAAGGUGUAUCAAUGCAAGAAAGUCGACAAUGGGAAAACGCACUGGCUUGCCUGCAAGGUGAUAGACGCGGCAAAGGCACCGGCCAAUUUUGCCAAGAAGUUCUUGGCAAGAGAAAUUGAUAUCCUCACCAAAAUAUCCCAUCCUCACAUCAUCCAUUUAUAUAGCAUGCUUCAUAAGGGAAACAAAUUUUUCAUUUUCAUGAGGUUGGCCGAAAAAGGAGACCUUUUAGAGUACAUUCUGAAGAAAAAUCAGGUUGGAGAGGGGAGAGCCAGGUCGUGGACCGCUCAGCUUGCUCUAGCGUUAGAGUAUCUGCAUGAAAUGGGUAUCGUACACAGGGAUAUCAAAACAGAAAAUAUACUCAUCACAGCUAGCUUUAAUGCCAAACUAUCUGACUUUGGAUUUGCUCGAAACAUAUAUCAAAACGGAGUGGAGAAUUUGUGUCAGACACACUGCGGAUCAAUGCCAUAUACAGCACCUGAAGUUCUUCGAGGGCGAAAGUAUGACGCCCGUAAAUCCGACAUGUGGUCUUUAGGUGUGGUGACAUAUGUGAUGCUAAAUAGAAGACUCCCAUUCACCGGCUCUACAAACCAGGAGGCUAUGAUCCAAAGGCAACUGGAAAAACGUGUAAGCUUUGAUACAAAAGAAGCCCACACUUCACAUUACCGUAGUGCAGUCAUGUCACUAUUGGAACCCGAUGUUGGAAAGAGAUUAUCCGCAUCUCAGUUGCUCUCCAGUCCAUGGAUCAUGCAAGAUGACAGGCUCAUACUUAGGACGAAGCAAGAAAAAGAAGCACUGGCAAAAGCACGAAUAAUUAAGGAGAAAUCUAUGGUCCAGCACAAACCGGUAGAAGAAGAGGAGAACAUAGUGGCAUUGCACAGGUCCCUGAUGGAACAAGCAGCAACCGCUGCCAUGCAAAUGAGAGCAGGCCAGAAUGCAGCGGGUGUCUCCGUAUUGAGACCUGAAGCUAUAUCGUCGUACACCUCGAUCAGGAGAGACGUUGACCAUCUGGAAGAUGCAACGUCUGGUGUCAGGGUGGUCAGGAAACCCCAGCAAAUUUCUUCAUCAAGGAUGAAGAAGUAGUUUACAUUUCGAAGAGUUAUUUGAACAAAAAAUGGCAUAAAAUUUAAUACAUCUUCAAACAUAUCCAGUUGGAUCAAUCCACUACUAGCCAUGGGUAAACCUGGGAACAGAUCUCCAGUUGAAACAGAGUAUACCCCAUGCUGAGCAGUCUAUGCAGUACUAAAGACCGAAAAUAUUUCUUAAAGUUUGCUUUUUAUGAUCCCCAACCUUCCACUAGACAGUUUAUUUUGACAAAACCUUCCUCUUGAACUACAAAAAUAAAAAGUACAUACUAAGAGAAA